AGAGCGAAAGAGAGAGAGAGAGGGAGAGAAAGUAUGUUGUGACUGUGCCAACCAAUGACUGCGCUGUGCAUGUAUAUCUGCAAACGUCCGAGGUGGGUGAAGGGACUCAGAGUAUCAGCUGAUCAGUUGCUUUAGAAAGAGGCUGAUGUGAGGAUUCCAAAGGGGUGUGUCAGUGUGUGAGUCUGUGCGAGAAUGUCUGCUCGUCUUUAAAGGCUAGGAACCCGGUCAGUCUCCCAGGAUGUUUUUUAAGACAUUCUUAUUCCUGUGGACGGAAGAAAUUAAUUAGUCAGUCAGGAUGCAUGUUGGCGAAGAAUGGUCAGUCGAGCUAGUUUCACAAUGUAUAUGUCAGUGCUAAUAGCAAGAAGGGUAUUUAGGUUAUUUAUAAAUGAUUGUUGAAGGUCAUGUGUUUUGUCUGUGUUGAUUUUAAUUUGUUUGUCUUUUAACUACUGCUAAUUUUAGUUCACUUUUGGUGAUGAUUUAGAGACUGAGUACUUGAGAGCACAUGUCUGGAUUGCGUUCCUUAAGGGUAUGAGUAGCUGUAUGGAUCAGGCCCUGUCCAGCCUGAUGAAGCGCUUCUGUGCGUGUCUUGCCCUGCUGGGGAGCCAGGACUGGAAUAAGACUGAUGAGAAGCUGCUGCAGGCCGUGGAGCAGAACGAGCCGGACAAAGUCUCAGCACUCAUCGUCAAGAAGGGCCUCAAUCCCUCCAAACUGGACGCAGAGGGGAAAUCAGCGUUUCAUUUGUGUGCCUCACGAGGUCGUGCAGACUGUUUGGAGGUCAUUAUCUCUCACGGAGUGGACAUCAACAUCACAGAUGGUGCUGGAUUUAAUGCUCUUCAUCUUGCUGCCAAGAAUGGCCAACCUGAGUGUCUUAAAAGACUUUUGCAGGAGAGAAUGCCGGUUGAUUCCACUGACACCAUUGGGAGGACUGCCCUUCACCAUGCAGCCAUCAGUGGGUGUCUGUCAUGCACCGAGACUUUGUGGGAUUUCAAGGCUUCGCUGGAUGCCCAGGAUGGGGAUGGGGCAACAGCACUGCUCCUGGGAGCACAGAUGAGCAGAGUGGACUUGUGUGCUUUCCUGCUAGACCGCGGAGCUAACGCUAACAUACAGGACCAGCAGGGCAGGUCAGCAUUGAUGAUAGCAUGUGAAAGUGACAGUGUGGAGACAGUAGAAGCGUUGCUUAGGGGUGGGGCCAACCCCCAGCAGACCGACGUCUUCGGGCGCGAUGCAUCGCACUAUGGCGUCGCCACAGGCAACCAGAGAAUCACACAGCUGCUGCAGAACGGGGGUAAGGGGACCGCAGCAGGUAAAUGGACGCAGCCCCCUGCUGCCCCUCCCCCUGUUCCGGGGGGAUCUAUGCCCCGCAAGAGGAAGGCCCCUCCCCCACCCCGCUCCCCUCUACAGGCUGCAGGUCUAGGCCUGGAGCCACAGGCCACCUCCACCCCAAAGCCGUCCCCUGGGGAGAACCCCCGACCCAGAGCCCGCUCCCCUGGGGAGAACCCCCGACCCAGAACCCGCUCCCCCGGGGAGAACCCUCGGGCUGCGCCCCGCUCCCCACGCUCCAGCCAGUCCCCCGACAACCCCGCCCACUCUCAGCAGCCCAACCUGGAGCAGAGGAGUUUUUCUGCAAGCCAACCCAUUGGACAGUCCAUCAGCCAAGCUGAGGAUGAGGAGGUGUUUGAGGAGAUCCGUAGGCUGAGGCUUGAGAGGGGACGCCUGCUGCAGAAGAUUAAAGUUUUGGAGCAGCAGCAGCACAGCGCCCUCACUGCACUGGAGGAGCUGGCCAUGUUGCGGGCGCGUCUGGAGCAGGCGGAGGCUGAGCGAGAUCGUCUGCAGACUGAACUGGAGGAGCUGAGGGCAGCCCAGUCCGUCUGCCUCUUCAGCGACUCGGAGGAAUCAGACGGCAUGCUGGACUUCCCAGGAGCCGAAAAGCUCCUCUCCCGGCAGUCUAGGGCUGCAGAUGUGGAGCAGACCCAGGAGGAGGCCGCUGCAGCUGAGGAGGCCAACCCGGGGGAGCCUGGGGACGCGGCAGAGCUGCAGAAACAGGUGGAGGAGCUGACAGCUCAGAAUGCCGAGCUAGUGCUCAAAGUACAGAUGCUGGAGAUGUUUGAGAAGGAUGACACGAAUAUGGAGACCUCUGGGCCAGACUUUGUACCCACCGUGCUGUAUGAGUCCCUGAGGAAGGAGUAUGAGGAGCUGCAGGAAAAAUACUCUUGUGCCCAGGCUGCUGCUGAGGCCUCCAGCAUAGAUGAACCAGGGUCUGAGGGAAAACCGGAGGAGGUCAAGGAGCUGGGGGAGAAGACAGCAGAGGGGGAGUCAUCGAAAAAGGCUGAGGAGUCAACGGAUGGUGGAGGAGGAAGAGGAGGAGACGCAGAGGAGCGUGUGCGGAUCCUGGAGGUGCAGCUGGCGUCCACCCAGACCGAACUGAAGGAGCUGCGGGAGCAGGUGCAGGUGGGGGUGUUCUCCGUGGAGCAGACGGAGGCCGGGGGGGCAGGGCGGAGCAGCGGUCGGGAAGAGGGAGAGGGAGAGGGAGAGGGAGAGGGAGAGGCGGACGCCCAGCAGCUGAGGGAGAGGGUGAGACAGCUGGAACAGGAGCUGGCAGAGCGACGGGCGCCAGCGACGGGCGAGAGCAACGCGGUGCAACAGCUGCGGGAGGAAGUGGACGAGCUGCAGAGAGCCCUGGAGCAGGAGCGCAAGGCCAGCGCCGAGAGAAGGAGGGAUGAACGCAAAAAAGAAGAAGAAAAGACAAAACGAGAGGAGGAGGAGAGUGAGGCAGUGAGGAGGCUGAAAGAGCGUGUGAGGGAACUGGAGAAUAGACAGCAGGAGGAGGAGAAGAAGGAGGCGCGGAGCGGUGAGGGGGAGCUGACCCGCCACCUGCAGGCCCAGCUGGGCCAACUGGAAGCCCAGCUCAGGAGCAGCGUGCCACGGGCCGAGCUGGAUGAGGUGCGGGUCACCAUGGGCUUGCAGCUGGACCAGCUGGCCCGCGAGAGGGCCCAGGUGGCCCUGCGCCUCAACGACGCCCUGCUGGACCUGGAGAGGCUCCGGCCGCCAGCGCCGCAUGGAGACGAGGAAGACGAGGAGGGAGAGGACGAGGACGAGCGGUCAGAGGGGUCCGAACGCUCCGAACGCUCAAUCAUCUCGGAGCACUCGUUGCGCGGUGCGGGCACCGGUCAGACGCUGGCAGCGGUGAGGGCGGAGCUGGAGGCGGCGCGGCAGGAGGCGUCCCAGGCGCUGGACUCGCUGUGGGCCGAGCGCGAGGGCCGGGCACAGGAUGCGCUGCGUCUGCAGGACUCCGUGCCGCUGGUCCAGCACCAGGAGGCGCUCGAGGGCCUGUCCGAGCAACUGGCCCAGACGGCGGCCGAGCUGCAGAGGGAGGCGGCGCUCCGGUGCCAGGCCCAGGCCCAGGCCGCACGGCUACAGGAGCAACUGCAGGACGCUGAGCGGGACCUGGUCAGCAGGGAGGAGCACGAGAAGGUCAAGGCAGAGCUACAGCGUUCCCUGGAGGAGAGCGAGGGUAAAGCGCAGGCGGCACAGGAGGCGCUGAGCGAGAAGGAGACGGAGCUGAAGGAGCUCAAGUCCCAGAAGGCCAAGGAGCAGGGCCUGGUGUCGCAGGAGGACCACGAGGCCCAGCGUCUCUCGUUGCAGGCCGAGAUCAACGCCUUGACUGCACGCAUGGCCGACCUCCAGCGCAAGCACGAAAAGACCUGCACCGAGGUGUUCCAGGUGCAGCGGGAGGCUCUGUUCAACAAGAGCGAGCGGCAGGCUGCCGAGGCCCAGGUGGCUGCCGUGCAGAAGCAGCUGGAGGAGCUGCAGGCCCAGUCCAGCCACGUCCAGCAGCUGCACCAGGACAUCCAGCACUCACAGGGCCUCAUCAAGGAGAAGGACCGCAAGAUCACUGAGCUGUCUAAGGACGUGUUUCGUCUGAAGGAGGCUCUGGGUGCUCUGAGCCCUCCGCUGGGUGGUGUGCCUCCCCCUGGCAACCCUGGACAGCAGGUGGCGCUACAAAACCGUGUUUCUGCACUGACCCAGCAGCUGCAGGACUGUGAGCGCAAACACAAGACAGUGGUGGCCAUCUAUCGCUCUCAUCUGCUGGCCGCUGUACAGGGCCGCAUGGACGAGGAGGUGCAGGCUCUCCUACUCCAGAUCCUGAGGAUGUCCAGCAGAGACCAAAGCCACUGAGAAGCCAAAUAACCCCCUUCAUCAUGAACACACACCCUGUGACACACAAACAAGCUCACUCUACCAUGCAGCCGUUCCACCUGGGCCCGUGGGGGCCCUGCUGAUGAUGGCAGCUGCGUAUAAACCAUGCUGCUAAUAUGAUAUAAGAGUCCCGUGACUGAACUCAUUGAUUGUUAGCCUUAGCCUGUAUUUUGAUGGUGACAGAGAAAUAAAUAUACAAUUUAGCUGUAUUGAUUUUCAAGGCAUCAUCAAUAUAUUUUCUGUUUCUUGUGUGGGCUUAGAGGUUGCUUUUUUUGUACCUUAUUCUUUCAAUAAAUAAGGAGAGACGGUG